CAUAUCAUAGUAAAUUCACUGCUUGCGGUACACCGGGCUACGUUGCACCUGAGGUCUUGAGUCAAAAAGGUCAUUCAAAACCGUGUGAUAUUUGGUCACUCGGUGUCAUUCUUUAUACUGUCUUAUGUGGAUAUACUCCGUUUUGGGGUCAAGACCAAGCUGCCUUGUUUGACUCUAUUUUGAAAGGAAGAUAUGACUUCGAUGAAGAUUAUUGGGAUCAUAUAAGUAAUGAAGCUAAAGAUUUAAUAAAUAAGAUGUUGACUUACAAACCGAGUGAACGAAUAACGGCACAUGUUGCUUUAAAACAUCCUUGGUUUGAGUAUGCUGCUAAAUUAACAGUUCCUCAAGCAAACACACACACCGUUGUUCAAUCUCGUGCUAAACUAAAGAAAGCAAUUCACGUAAUUCAAGGUGUGACUAGGAUGCGAAGAAUAAGUAAAGCUCGUGUAGAUAAUCACAAUAAUAUGUUUGAUGAUUAUACAAAUGGAAUUAUUGGUGUCGGAGUUGGGCAUGGGAUAAAUACUAUCGAAGAAAAUAAUGAAUCAGAUCCCAGUGUUUCGAUUCUGCCAUUAGGAAGCUCUAGUUUAUUUGGAACGAAUCUUCCCGCCAUUGGAACUAAUAAUAACCCUAUUUCUGGAUCUUCGAAUCAAACACAGCCUGUUGGAUUUUUUAUGCACAGCAAUAAAUCAGAAAUAGAUAUUGCACAUUUGGAUUUAACAAACCUGCCACAAUCUGAUGAAAUUAAUUCAACUCCUUCAACACCAACCGUUCGAGUUCACUAA